UUGCUAGAACAAUUUACACAACACGUAUGGAAUAUAUAAAAGUACUAUAAAAAUCAAAAUAAAACAUGAAUUGCUACAAGGAUUACACACAAAAAGCGAGAAAAUUAAGCUUGCACGAAUCACAUAUUAUAUUAUGUGGCGAUAUCACACCUAAACUAAACCAUUACAUACAAAUAUUGGAUGAUUUGAAAAUCAAUGAAGGAUCAUAUCAGGAAUACUAUGGUGAAGUGAAGAAGAUCGUAAAUAGCUUCAUCAUUCACUGGACCGAGGUGAUGAAUAAGGCGAUCAAGGAAGCAGACAAGGUGACAAAAUUAGUGAACAGGCAAGAACUUCUUGAUUCCGUACAAAAAACUAUUGAAAUGCAAAACAUUAAACAGAUGUUCUUUGAGAAAUCCUUUCUUCCUGUCACUUGUCCGGAGGAAAAGGUCGCCUACGAUGAAAUUCUGAUGCUUUACGACAAUAACAUAGAGGGACUUAAGAAUUUGGAAUGUGUUAUAAAUCAGAUGCGGGACCACAAAUCAGUGGAGGAAUUCUCGAAGGAUCACUUUUCUAAAUCGUUGCGUUCCAAGAAUGAUAUAUUUCGUUUUACUCACACUUAUAUUGCAAUGAUUUUAGUAAAGAACAUUAACAAAAUUCGAAUAAGUUUGGAGGAAAUCGAGCACCGUGUUCGAAACAAUCUUCAUCAGUUGGAGGAGAAACGCGGUGAAGAACUGAACUGUCUUCUCAAUCAGCUCUACAAUAAGAACAAAGAACAACUCGCUGUAUCCAGGAAACCAUGGCGGGACUCUUCACAAAUUGCCGAAGUAAGAAUUGUUGAAAAAUGUUUGGACAAGUUGAAGUGCAGAAUUGAAUGCCACAAAGAAGGAGUACUGGCUCGAGUUAAAGAAGAGGCCGAUUAUUGGAAUGAAAAGCUCAAAGAGUUCAAUCAGAUCGAUAAAACAAUCAACGAUCUUAACGAGAUAGAACAGAAAGUUCGAGAACAACAACAAACUUAUCUCAGUUUGCGGGAAACUGAGAUACCGCCAACAAAACGCAGAUGUUGGGAGCACAUGGAAAAAAUGUUCAAUACAAAAUUGGAACAUUUGGAAGAGAGGAAGAAAGAAGCUGGAAGGGCAUUGCUUAGUUUCUUUAGUGUUAGAGGUCCAGAUCAUAUUUUCUACACAGACAGCAUCGGUCGUUACUACGUGGACGAGUACGGCCACAAGGUUUAUUGUUACGACUACGGACUUAACAUGUACCACGUCGAUUGUAAGGGAAAAUUCUUCGAGGCACAUGACACAGAAGCUUAUUAUUAUGACAUCAACGGUCGAUAUGUCAUUGACGAGAACGGUGAUAAAACGUACAAGAUAGCCCCAUGCACCAGUUCGUAUCGCAUAGUGGACGAUCUCCUUACAAAGUGUACGGUUGACUGCGGUCAUUCGGAGCGACAGAAUAAGUCCUGCAAAAUGGAUAUACGGCAUUGCGGCGACGACAUCCAAGUGCCUAACACUAAAAUGCAGACUAUAAAAGGAACGCUUAGUAAGGAGACGGCGCUAUAUUUAUGGGACAGUUUUGGUCAUAUACUCCCGGAGGUGCUUUACCAGGUGGCCAUGGAGCAACCCAAGAACCCUAUACAUUGUCUCGCUCAUAAACUCAUCCGUUUCAAGUACAGUAGAACUUUAACGGAAAUGGAACAAAAACGAGCAGAAGCCGCGAAGUAUCGGGAAGCUAUAUACCAAGAACGUAAAGAUAAAGCAGUAGCAGCAUCUAAAGAAUGGAAAUCUAAGCAAGUGAAACGCCGAAAGCCAGAAGAGUCUGAUGACGCUGAAGUUCAGGCCGCUUAUGGAGCUCAUGUAGCGUGUCAGGAGUUUAUUAAUUUCUUGCCGAACUUUUAUGGAUGAGGAGACGUUUUA